AUGCAACGCUCGAAUGUGACAAAACUACCUGCUAUUACGCCGCAUCAUAUUCAAUCCGAUUCUGGCAUAUCUACUCACCAAAACUCAACCCUUGUCACUUCAAACCAUCACUAUAAAAACUCUAAUCACUGUACUACAAUAGCCAAUAAUCUUGCUGUCCUUGAUCAGAUCCAUCAGUUACCAAAUGUUGAUAGUUCCACAGUCAAGCAUCUUGUAGAUGCGUAUCGUGGUUUGGUACACAUUACUCCAAAAAGCACAGCUUACUCCUCUCAUCCAACACGUGUCACACACAACCCUCAGUAUCGCCGUAUUGGUGGUGCAGUGAUUGAAAGCAAUCACAAGUAUUGGCAGCAAGGUGUAGGCUCGAUUUUACGUCAAAAAGACAUGACAAGCAUUUUAAAUGGAGAUGCUUCGUUUGGAUAUUUGACAGAAUGUGGAACCAAUCGAGAUUUAAUUUUGCCUGGAAUUCAAUCAUCUAAUAGGGGGAGACUAUGCACCAGAUUGCAUGAUCGAACUCGUAGCGAACCACUAUCAAGUGGAGAAAAGAUAUUGCAUGAAGCAGUAACAGAAAAUAAGGACGUUUUGAAUCAGCCUGAUAUUCGCAAGCGACACCAUUCCCAUCAUCAUAAACAUGUUUAUAAAAAAACAGGCUAUAGAUCUGAAACCUUGAAUUCGGUGGACGAAAAGGCUCUACAGCAUUCCAAUUCAUCCCAGUCAACGAAUAAACAUGAUUGCCAACAAUCAAGUACUUUGAAUCAAAGUAAACGCACUAAUCCAUCAAAUUUAAACAAUUCCCUGCUUGAUUCAACCAACUCUCAAUCCAUCAACAUUUCAUUUCACAAAUCUCGAACACGUCGGGAAUCAUGCAAACCAGAUCAAGAAACAAACAUAUCAAAAGAAAGUCUUUUACACGAACAAGAAGUCAAUGAGAAUGAUAUGUCAAGCAAUACAACCGAAAAUUCAAGCAUUAUGUCGGCUGCAGAAUCUAUAUCGGAUUUAAUGACUCGACAAUCUUUAAUCCAAUCUGAUUAUUACUCUGCAUCAGUCACAUUGGAUCAGACAACAGUUAAUCAGCUUAAAAAGGAUGAUCAAUCUUUUAGUUUAAAUGGAACUAUUGUGAAUCCAAUAUUUACUAGACGGAAUCUAUCUAUACUGAAAAGUGAAAUUUAUCUACCAUCAGAUAUAUCACCUGCGUGCUUUUUAUGGAAAUAUGCAAUUCGUAGUGCACUGGAUCAGUUAAAAUCGGCUGAUUUUUCUACUCUAGUGCAAAGACAUCAGCAAAAAUUCAAAAGUAGUAAACCCGAGGCCGUUGCUACAAUAAUUCCAAGCAUUCCAUAUAAACCAGAUACUCAGCCUGAAUUAGAUCCGAGGCAAAAUAUGAAACCGCAUGAUUCACCAAAGCAAAUUAUUGCGGCUAUGCAAAUCCAUCGUAUUCUUCAAAUGCAUGCUGGUAUUCGCAAAGAACAAGAUAUAGACACGUUGGAUACGCUACUUGGUGCAAUUCCAUGCUUUUCAAAACUUUCAACUUCAAUUCGUAUGCUUCUUUUUUCAAAAUCUCGGUUUGAACGUCAUUCAAAAUCAACUAGAAUUAUUUCUAAAGGUCAUACGACAUCUACCAUGUAUAUUGUGCUUUUGGGUGAAUGUCGACAACAUCAAGAUAUGUCCUCCAAAUCAAUGUAUCUCAAACAGCAAGGCGGUAUGAUGUCAUUUACUGCUGGAAUGUCAUUUGGAGAAUUUACUAAUCAAACGGGACCAAGGUUGAAUUCUGUGACAUGCACUGUAUUGAGCGAAGUGAUGGCGAUUGAUAAAUCAGACUGGAUACAAGCAAUGAAAGAAGCAAAAAGCAUCGAGUCGUAUGAAGUCAACGUGUUGGCUGCUGUACCGCUACUAUCCAAAGUGCCUAGACCAAUACUUGGCCAGAUCGGCUUUAAAUGUGUUUUACGAAAAUUUCUUGCCAAUUCAGAUAUUAGUUUAGCGGGAGAUAUUAGUAGCAACCUAUUUUUUAUUCUCAAGGGAAAAUGUAAGAUCAAGUAUCAAGUUCCAUUUGUGAAAACACGCACAGCACUAUCAACCGAGUUCAAGCAUAAAUAUGUGUUGCAAGCAUAUCGUGGUCAGAAGCUUGAAACUGAAGUUGAUGAAAUGGUUUAUGAGAUGGAGAAUGUGGGUGAGCUUUAUAGCGGUGACUACUUUCCACAACUUGGUAAAAAUCAGAUGAAUCAAUUGCAACUUGAGCAAAUAUUCAACCCGACAGUCUGCAAGCCUUUAGUUUUAUCAGAAAGUGUUUCUGGUAAUAUGGAUAGUAGGAUUCCAUCGUCCGUUGAAUUUGCAGAGAAACUUGAAAAACUUUCGCCAUGGCUACUAUUGCAACCACCCAUCAAUCUAUACACUAUUGUAUCAACAGACGUGGUUGAAUGUGUUAUGAUUCCCAGAUCAGAUAUUAUUGCCCAUCUCCCGUUUGAAACGAUCCGCCAACUCAUAAGUAGAGAAAAGAUUAUGUUUCCUUCUGAAAUAGUACUAAAUGAGGCACAGGAUAAAUAUUUGACGCACAAUGGCUGGUGGACAACAGACGAAGAUAUUAUUUUAACCAAGCUAAAUGCAGAGAUGACUCGAGAUCGAGUAGAGAAUCUCAAAAGUAUAGCUAUUGUCCCCAAGAUUGGACUUGUUUCAACUUUACUAUAA